AUGACUCACAUAGAAUUAACACACAAAGAUCGAGUAUUUGCAGCUACAGCUGGACUACCGGGAACACCUCAUACUACUCCACCUAGUACACCAUUACGAAGUCAAAGUGAUCCUGAUUUAACUACAAAUAAACGAAUUCCAUUACCACGAUCAGCAUAUUUUAUUAUAUUUGUUGAAGGAUGUGAACGUUUUUGUUUUUAUGGUCUUAAAACAAUCUUACUUCUUUAUUUUAUGUAUUAUCUUCAAUUAAAUAAAGAUUCAGCAACAUCAGGUUUUCAUUUAUUUUCAUUUGCAUGUUAUUUUACACCAACUAUUGGAGCUAUUAUAUCGGAUGGUUUUAUUGGUCGUUAUUGGACUAUUGUAAUUUUAUCACUGAUUUAUUUCUUGGGAACAUGUAUUUUAACAGUAACAGCAAUACCAAGUAUUGGUGGCAAACAUUUAGCUGGACCCAUAAUUGGUUUACUUUUAAUUGCUUUCGGAACAGGUGGAAUUAAACCGUGUGUUAGUGCUUUUGGAGCUGAUCAAAUAUCGCUGACUAAUCCGAGAACAUUAAGUCGGUUUUUUGCUUUCUUCUAUUUUUCAAUUAAUUUUGGUUCAUUAAUUUCGACUGUAAUAACACCAAUGCUUCGAAGUCAAGUUCAUUGUUUUGGUUAUGAUUGCUAUGCAUUAGCUUUUGGUAUUCCAUCAGUAUUAAUGUUAAUAGCUAUUAUAAUAUUUAUUGCUGGUACACCAUUAUAUAAACGUGUUCCACCAAAAGAAAAUAUAAUUAUGAGAUUUAUAGCUGUUAUUUUACGAGCAAUACAAAAUGCAAUAUGUCACCCAUCAUCAGGACGAAAAGAACAUUGGAUCUAUUAUGCUGAUGAUAAAUAUAAUACUCAGGAUAUGGACGAUGUUCGUGCUGUACUUAGUGUUUUUCUUUUAUUUACUCCGCUUCCAAUUUUUCAUGCUUUAUACAAUCAAACAGGUUCACGUUGGACAUAUCAAGCAUCAUUAAUGAAUGGAAAUCUUGGCCCAUUAGGUAUAAUUCAACCUGAUCAAAUGCAAGCAUGCAGUAGUUUAUUUGUACUUCUAUUCAUUCCACUUUUUGAAGAAAUUAUUUAUCCAGCAUGUGCUCGUUGUAAUUUUUUAAUAAGACCUUUACAACGAAUGUUUCUUGGAAUGCUUGUUAUGAUAUUUACUUUUAUUGUUGCAGGCAUUAUUCAAAUAGCCAUUCAAUCAAAAGCUGAUGCAAUUCCAGUUCGUUUACAUACACAAAUAGUUAAUAAUUAUGAUUGCGCAAUAAAUAUAAAUUCCAAUUACACACUCGAACCAAAAAAAAUUUUUGAAUUUCCAUGUACACAAUUACUUAAAGAUGGUUUAUUCGUAAGUUCGACAUGUAAUCAAGCUAAUGUUAAUUAUGAAUUAUCCAUUGAUAAACUUUGCCCAUCAGUUUUAAUUAUAUCAGAAAUUCAUGAUGAAGCAAGUGGAAAAAUAAUGGCAGCAAUACCACUACAAAAUUCCAUAGUAGAACAACGUGAUAUUAAAGCGUUUGCUCUAUUACGUAUGGUUUCAUUGGAUGGUAAACAAACAGUUGUAAAAACAUUACCAAAUAUACAUAAAUAUGAUAUUAGAAACAAAUUAUCUCCAACAGAUUAUGAAUUUGUUCGUGCAGCAAAGUAUCACAUUAAAGAUGUAGCUAAUGAACAAACAUCAGUGGAAACAUGCAAAGUUUUAACAACAGCUAUUUAUACAGCACUUAUUUAUAAUACAGAUGAUGCUAAGUUGCAUGUUAUUUGUAUCGAAGAUGUACCACCAUUAACAGUACAUAUUUUAUGGCAAAUAAUUCAAUAUAUUUUAUUAACUGUUGCAGAAAUACUUGUUAGUAUAACAGGUCUUAUAUUUGCUUAUUCUCAAGCACCAAAACGUUAUAAAUCAGUAAUUAUGUCAGCAUGGUUAUUAACAACAGCUAUAGGUGAUCUUAUUGUAGUUCUUGUUGCUGAAGUUCGAUUAGUUAAAAAUCAAGCAGGUGAAUUUUUUUUAUUUGCUGUUUUAAUGGCUUGUGGUGCACUUAUUUUUGGUGCACUUGGUUUACGUUAUAAAGAAAUCAAACCAAUCGAUGACGUAUCUGAAGAUCAACAAUUAAUUAUUGAUAAAAAAGCUCCUGAACCUGAAGAUAUUAUAGAAUAA